AUGAAAAUUGUUUUCUUGGCCUGGAUUUUAGUCCAAAUCAGCAUGUCAAUCUUACCAACACAAUCAAAGUAUUACUCCGAAAGCGUGCCCUACAAGCCCCGAGCCGAGAAAGUAACCCACCUCCGUUUCUACCUCCACGACAUCCUGAGCGGGAAAAAGCCGACCGCCGUCAAAAUCGCCGGAGCAAACUUCACCGGCGACCCAACACCGUUCGGCGACACGUUGGCCAUCGACGACCCGCUCACAGAGGGUCCGGAGGCCAAGUCAAGGGUUGUGGGGAACGCGCGUGGGAUCUACGUGUCGUCGAGCCAAGACGAGAAACCGACACUUGUAUUGUACGUCGACUUAGGAUUCACAUCUGGUAGGUUCAACGGGAGCUCGUUGAGCGUUUUCUCCCGAAAUCCGAUAACCGAGACGAACCGUGAGUUAGCGGUGGUCGGGGGGAGAGGUCAGUUCCGGUUCGCGAAGGGUUUUGUGCUCGUGAGGACACACUCGCUCGAUACGGUUAGCGGUGAUGCAGUGCUCGAAACAUUAGUUCUAAACUCCCUCCAAUUUGUCCUCCUCUUUUCUUCACCCCUAUUAUGGGCCGUGGAGGCCCAAACCCAGUAUGAGCCCAUAACAUGGGCCCAUCGGCUCGAAACUAAUAAUGAAGUCAUAACCACACUCCAAUUCUAUUUCCACGACAAGUUGAGCGGUCAAAACCCGAGUGUGGUGAGGAUUGCCCAAGCUCUACAAACAAACAACUCAUCCACACUUUUCGGGAUGCUGGUGAUGAUCGAUGACCUGUUGACCGUUGGGCCCGACCCAUCUUCACGGGCCGUGGGCCGGGCCAGAGGAAUGUACGGGUCGGCCGGGAAAACGGGCCUGGAACUCAUCAUGGUCCUUAAUUACGGGUUCACGGACGGAAUAUAUAAUGGGAGCUCGUUUAGCUUAUUGAGCAUAAACCCGGCCUUGCAGCCCGUACGGGAAAUGGCUAUCGUUGGUGGGACUGGGCUUUUUAGGUUGGGCCGAGGAUAUGCCUUGGCCCACACGCAUUGGAUUGAUGUGGCCACGGGUGAUGCUAUUGUGGGCUACAAUGUUACAAUUGCUACAUAUGUUUAA